UUUGAAAAUGUGUCGCUAGAGGGGUCUUAAAAGUCGCUAAAUUGGCAACACUGGACUCAACAUUACAUAGUCUGAUGAAAUUUGCCACGUUACAACAAAAACAUCCCCAAAAUUUGACGCUCUGGAACGCACCCACACUUCUGCAUUCUUGGGUCACUUGAAGUGGCCCCUCCCCGCUAGUAAUCACGUGAAAUGUCUAAGACGCUGUACUAGUGGAGCUAGUUUCUGUACCUCUAGCUACACAACUAACCAAAUAUUUAUUAAAGUAGUUUUUUUCUGUUUUAAUUUUACGGGCCUCGACCAGCACCUUCAGGUGAUAAAGCAUCAGAUGACCCGUCGGUAGUAUAAUCGUAACCGAAUGAAAUUGCAUGUUUUGUGGGCCUGCCAGUAAACGUUAGCUAGCAUCAGCAUGUUUGUGAAGGCUUAGACACAGCAAGCAAUGGACCUGUCUAGCUAUCAAAAUCAAGUAAUGUAUAAGCUAUUUUAAAUCCAAAAUGUUGACAUAACUAGCUAUAGUUACUGAAUAUUUUGUCAAGAAUGUAGUUGUUUUUUCCUCGCUAGCUAAACUAAACCCUUUCUGAAUGUUGUUUAACGUUUAGUAGCUUGCUAACGUCGUUAGCUAGCUCGCUUGUUGUAUAAAGCUAGUUUUAUGUAGUUAGCUAGUUCUUUUGAUAGCUGAGAACGUACUCCAGCUAGCUACACCAACAUUAUAGUACAUCUCUGGCUACACUUCAAUUACCAAAGCUACAGUUCCCUUUCUUCAUUUCACUUUUUAUGCUGUAUCCCCUCUUGUAAAUAAUACUUGUUAAUUGGUGCAAUGUAGCACACUGGUGAUACAAAUGCUUUCAUUUAACAUUUUCACAUAGCCCAGCUAUAUCUGGCCCUCUAGUGUCAUAUAAUCUAGUAAUCAUAUAAUCUUGCAAUCUAGAUCAUUACCUAUUAUAUAGCUAAUAUGUUUUUUACCUUACCAACUGUUUAGUUUGGGUGACACUAGCUAGUAACUACAUCACAUUACAGAUAAUGACGUGUGUUUGUGCUGUGUUCCUUGUUAUGCAUGGUAUGUCUUCUGCUGAAGCUUUAAGUUAAACGAACAGAAAGCACCUGCUGAAGAGGGCAAAAGUCAGACUGACUAGAUUCAACAUUCUGCAAACUGAACGAUUAAGGGGAUGUCAAGCACAGCCAUGAAGAAAAAGGUAGAUCAACCAAAUAUUAACACUACACUGUUGUAUUUGUAAGAAUUGAAACACUAACAUUUUCAAUGACAAUAGACACUGUAGGCUUAGAAGUAGUAGUAGUCUGUGGUUGUCCCCUUAUAUGCAAUUGGUUGAUGUCCUCUAAAGGUGUUGCUGAUGGGCAAGAGUGGGUCUGGGAAGACGAGCAUGAGAUCGAUCAUCUUUGCCAACUACAUAGCCCGAGACACACGCCGCCUUGGAGCCACGAGUAAACACUAGCUAAAGUUUCUAAACUAAAUACAUUUUAAGCCAGUUGAAAAUGAAUAAUUACAAUUGUCAGAUAGCUAAGUUGUGUUGCAUUGAUGCUCACCCUAUUCUAGUUAUUGAAUUCUCUUUCUCCUAUCUUGCAACUUAGUUGAUGUAGAGCAUUCCCAUGUGCGAUUCCUUGGCAAUCUGGUUUUGAACUUGUGGGACUGUGGAGGGUAAGUCAACCUGUCUCUUUCAGCCUCAUUUGACAAGCUGUAGGGUGUUUCUCACCACAAUUAACACUGCUUCCUGUGUCCGUCAGACAAGACACUUUCAUGGAGAACUACUUCACCAGCCAGAGGGACAACAUAUUCAGGAACGUGGAGGUGCUGAUCUAUGUGUUUGAUGUGGAGAGCCGUGAGCUGGAAAAGGAUAUGCAUUACUACCAGUCCUGUCUGGAGGCAAUCCUCCAGAACUCCCCCGAUGCCAAGGUCUUCUGCCUGGUGCACAAAAUGGAUCUGGUUCAAGAGGACCAGAGAGACCUGGUGAGCUGGGGUUCACACAAACACCAUGCCAAUCAGACACUUAACGUUUUAAUGCUUAAACUCAUAUUCACUUAUUCAUACACACAUUACAUUUUAAGACAUACUUCACUAGGAGUCUGGCUUAAUAACACUAUUGUGGCACUCAGACAUUCCUUAAAAUGGCCAGAGGACUGCACCACUAGCCAACUAUUAGUAGGCUAUUUAUUUAGCAUGUGGGUGUGCUCAACUCUUAACACCUAUGUGGAUGACUGAUUGUCCUCCCUCUCUUCAGAUCUUUAAGGAGCGUGAAGAGGACCUGAGGCGUCUGUCCAGGCCAUUGGCUUGCACUUGCUUCAGAACAUCAAUCUGGGAUGAAACGCUGUACAAGGUAGCUGCUCUGUCUGUAUGACUGUUUAUCGCUGUGCGCUCAUAAGUCUCUAACAUGUUGUUUCUCUCUUAAGGCAUGGUCCAGUAUUGUUUACCAGCUGAUCCCCAAUGUACAGCAGCUGGAGACAAACCUGCGUAACUUUGCCCAGAUCAUUGAGGCAGACGAAGUGCUUCUGUUUGAGAGAGCCACUUUUCUGGUGAGGGCUACUAGCUAUUGAAAACGGCUUUGUUGAAAAGCUGAUGGUUGGAUGAGUAGGAAAUGAUGACAUUUCUGGAAGUGAUGUAAUGUUGUUUGUGUUACAGGUAAUCUCUCACUACCAGUGCAAAGAGCAGCGUGAUGCUCACCGCUUUGAGAAGAUCAGCAACAUCAUCAAACAGUUCAAGCUCAGUUGUAGGUGAGGUCAUCCUCCAGAAGGAACAUCUCUGUGGUGACCCUACUACGUCUCGACACGGUAUCUGUCUUUGGUGUUUCCAUAAUGCAGUACUUUUUGUUGUUUGCAGUAAACUGGCAGCCUCCUUCCAGAGCAUGGAGGUGAGGAACUCCAACUUUGCGGCCUUCAUCGAUGUCUUCACCUCUAAUACAUAUGUUAUGGUGAUCAUGUCGGACCCCUCCAUACGUAAGUAUAGCCAUUAUUAUUAUGGACUUGUUUGUACAUGAGAAAAUGCAUGUCUACUGUAAUUAACUUGACACUCUGAAUAAUGUUGUCUCUCUCUACUUAUAGCCUCUGCAGCCACACUCAUUAACAUCCGCAACGCCAGAAAACACUUUGAGAAGCUGGAGCGUCUGGAUGGACCAAAGCACAGCCUGACCAUGCGUAUGCGCUAGGCACUGCAUCUGGCCCAGAGGGUGCCAGCCAGCUGAACCAAUCAGUCCACAGAUGGCAAACUACAGGCUGUGGUCCAGCCCUGACCAACUCAUAUGAGCAGCCCUGCACUGUGCUACCCUUUCUCACUCAAUCACACGUUUUUUUUCCUACAGAAGAUCCUGUUUUCCUUUAAGUCAAAUUUUUUUGAUCUCAUGUAUCAUGAACUGUGAUGCCUUUCUCAGACAUAAUUGUCAGAUUUAAAAAUAUAUAUAUAGAGAAAUCUUAAAUGCUCAUAUUUUACUGUUAGGGGAUACCAAUGCUGUCAUGGUCUGUCAAAGUCACCCUGUAAAUGAUAAGCACAGUAUGUUGAUUAAAAAAGGAAAAGGAGCCUCAGAAAUUAUUUUCCGCUUUGCAUAGUCAAGUGACUAUUUUUACAAUGAUCUGCUGUUGUCAAGGCUAGUGUUACGUUACUAUGUGAUGAGUUCUACGUCACCAUGCCAUCUUCUCAUGUAGUCAAGGCUUUGACACUGAAUUCUAUGAAUCAGUGCUCUAAAACCAUGUUCCUGGUGAGCUAUCAUCCUGUAGGUUUUCACUCCAAC